AUGGCGGACGCGGAGCCGGACUACAGCUCCCUCCCGCUCACAGAGCGAUGGACUCAUAAAGUUUGGAAAGUACGAAAGGGCGCCUACGAAGAAGCGGCCAAGCAGUUCGAGGUCACUCCCGACGAGUACGACCCGGCCUUCCGCCCCUUCAACCAAGAUCCCGGUCUCUGGAAAGGCGCUGUUGCCGACUCAAAUGUGGCCGCCCAGGCUGAUGGCAUCGCUGCUUAUUGCGCAUUUCUGAAAUUUGGUGGCAAGGAGAACACCGUACGGUCACGACAUCAGGUCAUUGCACCAAUAGUCGAGAAAGGUCUCGUAUCCACAAGACCAGGCACCAAAGCCUCUUCGAUCGAAGCUCUUCUACUUCUUGUGGAGGUUGAUGCCUCCGCUCCAGUCAUUGAGGAUAUCCUUCCAGCCAUGUCAGCAAAGCAACCCAAGGUUGUAGCUGCGGCACUUGCCGCGCUCACCACGAUUUUCCACGGCUACGGAUGUAAACUGUGCGAUCCCAAACCGGUACUCAAGAUCCUUCCCAAAGCCUUUGGCCACGCGGACAAGAAUGUGCGCGCAGAGGCCACCAACCUGGCUGUCGAGUUCUACCGGUGGUUGCGAGAAGCGAUGAAGCCGAUGUUCUGGGGUGAUCUCAAGCCCACACAACAAACGGAUUUGGAGGCUCAAUUCGAGAAAAUCAAGGCAGAGCCACCACCGAAGCAAGAACGAUUACUGCGCUCUCAACAAGAGGCCAUGGCUCGAGCACCAGCUGGCGGUGACGAUGAAGAUAUGUACGAUGAUCAAGGCGACGUCGACGAGCCCGCGGAAGUGGAUGCGUUCGACCUCGCCGAACCUCAAGAUGUCUUGUCGAAAGUGCCCGCCAGUUUCCACGACAACCUGGCCUCGUCAAAGUGGAAAGAUAGAAAAGAGGCGCUUGAGGCUCUGUAUGCAUUGCUCAAUGUCCCUCGCAUCAAGGAUGGCGACUUCAAUGAAAUCAAUCGCGGCUUGGCAAAAUGCAUGAAAGACGCCAAUAUUGCGGUUGUCACGCAGGCUGCUCAGUGUAUCGAGGUCCUGGCACAAGGUCUGCGCAAGGCCUAUGGAAGAUACCGCACGACUGUGAUGGCGCCAAUCAUGGAAAGAUUGAAGGAGAAGAAGGCAUCUGUCUCCGAUGCUCUCGGAGCAGCACUUGAUCAGGUUUUUCUUGCGACGAGCCUCUCUGAAUGCCUCGAGGACAUUACCACAUUUCUCAUCCACAAGAACCCUCAAGUCAAGGAAAGCACAAUGAAGUUCCUCGUACGUUGCCUACGGACCACGAGGGACGUUCCGAGCAAGCCAGAGAUUGCCACAAUCGUGGAAGCUGGUAAGAAGCUACUUGCGGAAUCAAGCGAAGGUCUACGGUCUGGAGGCGCGGAGGUUCUGGGUACGAUCAUGAAAAUCAUUGGUGAGCGUGCCAUGAACCCACAUAUGGAAGGCCUGGAUGAUAUCCGCAAGAACAAAAUCAAGGAGUUCUACGACAAGGCAGAGGUGAAAGCAAAGGACAAGCCAAAGGCUCCUCCGCCUGCUGCAACGAGAGCGCCCCCGGGAGGUCCCAAGAAAAUUGUUGGGGGGGCCAAGAAACCUGCCUCCGCGGCAGGCAAGAAGCCUGUCCCACGCACGGCAGCACCCCCGCCUGAGCCCGAACCUGCUCCUCCUCAGCCAGCUGCACGACCUGGCGUAGGCUCCAAACUUGGCAUGCCGAAAUCCUCUGGCAUCUCCAGCUUGAAGGCUCCAGGACGCCGCAUUGCAGCUCCUGGGGUCGCCUCCCCUCGCCGGGCACCUGCUGCACCACCGCCCCCAGAUCCGAUUGAGGACGACGAACCCUUCGCGGCAUCCCCACCCCCGAAACCUCGUCUAGGCUUGGGACGUGGAGGACUGGCUGGACGUUCGUUAGCCAAGCCGGCAAUGCCAGCUGCCCCAGCCGCUGAACCUUCCCCGCCCCCCGUCAGUGGGCUGUCUGCCCUCGAGCGUGGAGAGCUGGAAGAAUUGAGGGCUGCGCAAGAUCGACUCCUGAAACAAGUGGACGAAUUGCGCCAGGACAAGAGUAGAUUGAGUUCUGAGAUACAAGAACUCAAGAACCAUAAUGCGUCACUCAUUGAGGAUCAUACUCGGGACGUGCUCAGCAUCAAGGCCAAGGAGACGCAGUUGGUGCGGGCCAGAAGCGACGCAGAGGCCGCCGAGCAAGUCAACGAUAGACUUCGUCGAGAACUGGAACGUCUCAAACGGGCUCUUAGUAAGGCAGAAGGCCUUGGCGUUUCCGGCGGCAUGACCAGUCCAGGCAUCGCGAGCCCUACUCCGGACGAGGCUGCCAUGUUUCGUGACAGCAGUCAUUACGGCGGUUCCGGCAUGAGUCGCACCAGCUACAAUAGCACAAUGUCUGAAGACAAGGAGAAUGGCGACAUUGCACACAGUUACGCCAGGAACAAGGCGCUGAGCCCCGAUCUGAGGUAUGGAAGCGGCUCAAGCGGUCGUGGAAGCCCCGCCCGUAGUUCCAGACCUACGGCGCCUACAGACGAAGAGAGGCACAUCCCUGGGACCAGCGGUGCUAAUGGCAAUGGCGUCGAGAGCUGGAAACGUGCCGCAGAAGUGACAAGCCAACUCAAAGCCCGGAUCGAGCAAAUGAAGGUAAGCUAUAUUGUUGUCCUUCAUCACCUCAAAACAUCGUCAAUUACUAACGCCGCCCUGCACAAAGGCCAAACAAGGCUUCAAUCGGCCAUAGCUCUCGUCGACCCUGUGACAAAUUUUUACAUUAGCAGAUGGAAGGUGUCUUGUCUUAUUGGGUGCAUUGGGAAGGCGUUGAGACAGAUACCCAACUUGAUUCAGCAUGCCUUUUGUGAAGGCGUCCUAAGAAAAGAUUAG